AUGCUUUCCCUCUCGCUCCUCGCGCCGCUCUCGCUAUGGUACGAUCCGGUGAGCCGCUUUGGCUUGCCUGUGGACACUGCGCCGCAAGCCGCCACCGCCUCGCCGCUGAUAUGUUUCAUCCCCGGCCUCGACGGCACCACCGCUUCACCUUUUGUGCAGUGGCCACCGCUCGUGAAUGCUGGCUACCGCAUACGCGUGUACGAUGCGCGAGCGGAGCCGGUGGCAGCGACAAUCGACGCUGAGGUCGGCUGCAUACUCGACUUUCUCCGGGAGGCGGACGCGCCGCAAACGCUGCUGAUGGGCGAGUCGUACGGUGGGGUGGUGGCUGCUUCGGCGGGGCUCCGCGAGCCGUCGCUCGUCAGCAGUCUCGUCCUCGUGAACCCCGCCAGCGCCUUCAGCGAGAUGCCCAGCCUGCAGGCGGACGCACGCACACUCAGCAAGGUGCCGCAGGCGCUCUUCCCGGCGGCCUCGUUCGCUCUGCUCGGCCGAAAGACGUUCGACGCAGGCUUCGUCGCGACGGCGGUGCGGGACGUGCUCGUGGAGCGGAAGCUCGAGAAGCUGCGCGAGAGCGAGCCCGCCCUCGCCGCCUAUUACGACGCCGCGCUCGCCCAUCUCGUGGACGAGAUCUCGUCGCAGCCGCCCAAGUGCUGGUUCGACGCACGCUUCGCCAACCUGAGGGCCGGGUGCGGGCUGCUCGAGGAGGGGUGGGAGGCGCUGCAGCCACCGCUGCUGAUUGUCGCCGGCACCGCCGACGCGCUGCUGCGGAGCGACGUCGAGGCGGCGCGGCUGGCGGCGCGGCUGGGGCCUCAGAGGUGCAGCGUGCACCUCGUGGAGGGGGCGGGGCACGCAGGCACGCUCGACGCCCGCUGCGACCUGCGCGCGGUCAUCGGGCGUGUGUCGUGA